CCGUCUCUCUCUCCUCCCUAACGAUCAGGAGAUCUCACACUAUCUACGAUGUACCACAGAUUAAAAGUGGUCUGUUCCAUUAUUUCACACGAAUCAAUUGCAAAAGAAAUAACCAAAGGAAUUCUUCGGUUUUACCCAGCAAGUAUCUACACGGACAACAAGGGUAUCUGCGCCAGAGUGCACGAUCCGAAACGCCAUCUACCAUGGAUAUCCUGUCAAGCAGCGGACCAUCCCCGGCGCGAUCGACUAGUGGGCGCCGGUCUGCGAUCUAUUGGCAUUAUGGAUGUUGCCCUGCACCGCCACCGAUUGGGAUUUUCUCCUUCCCCCCUUCCUCUGUUCCGCCACAAUUGCGGGUUCCUCUGCCUCUGAUUUCCGAACUUCUCCUCCCCCUUCUCUCUCUCUCGCAGUUUCUUUCGG